CUUUAAAUUAUCAUGGUAUUUCUGUGCUUCAUAGUCAAAUAUAUUCUCAAACUCCAAAGCACGACAAAAACUUCCGUUUUAAGCCGAUUUGAAAAAAAGGCCGUUAUAAUUAUUACUUCGAAUCCGGCCGAGUAGAAAAGACUUCUUUUGUGUUGUGGUUCUCUGUAACUGAAAUGCUUCGUCCGUCGAUUCUGGUGGCCUUGGUCGCGGCCGCGACGGUUCGUCACGUCAUUUCCGGUUCGGUACCCGUUAGGGUAGUCGGUCAGGAAUAUUACCCCAUCGCCUAUGACGCGUUCCCACAAUCGACCCAAAUAUAUUUGCCGGAAAGUUUCGGCAAGCCACCUCAAGAUCGGGACGUUAAACAAUACUAUUACGGCCCUGUCGCGCCUGGCAAAUACGUCACGCAAACUGCGUCUCCGCCGCCUACCGUUUACGAAAUCGACGUCCCGCCCACCACCCUAGUCGCGCCGACCGAAACGUCGUGGAAUCCGAACAACAACCCGAAACUGUAUUACCAUCCGGUGCCGAUACCAAAGGUCGAAACGAAAAGUCCGCCCCUGGACUACUUAAAAAAAUUAAACGAGGUGCUUAAGAAACAAGGCAAAAGUUUACCGCCUGCGUUGAAGGAAAACGCGUCGAUAAAACCCGAGUUUCCGAUCGACAAGCUGACGAUUAAGAAGCUGGAAAAAAUACAAAAGCAGCGCGGGAAAACAGCGAAGCUAGACAAGCCCGUUAUCCUUAUACCAAAAAAAAAGUUUUCGGCGGAGGCGCAGGGCGCGGAAUCACAGCGGGCGCCAAGACCAACUAAAGAAAAUCUUGAAACGUCAGGGGAUUCGGCAAAGUCGGGUAGCCAUUUUUCGAGCGGCGAGCAAUACUCACCUUUCGCCGACUCGCACGCUGCGUCGGCUCACGGAGCACCGAGUAAUGGCAAAGGGGAGAGGCUCAUUUUUCACAUGGCAGGACACGAUGGACCGAUGAGCUACAAAUGGGGCUACGAUACGGGAAAAGGGCACAACAGACAAUUUAGAUUUGAAGAACGCGACAAAGAAGGCAUAAUCAAAGGCCAGUUCGGAUAUUACGACAAGGAGGGCAAAUUUAGGAUGAUGAAUUAUCACGCCCACCCUGAGAGCGGCUUUCACAUGGAACCGAUUGAGCACGGAUUAGAUGAGGAUUAAACCAAUUUUCAAUAUAAGUAGAUAUUAAACAGCCAUGAAUGUAGCCAAAUUUUUAAUACAGGUUUUUUUUCAUAAAAAAAGUGCCAAUAUUAUAUUGUAUUUUUUGCUGAUAAAUAAUCAGAAUUGUUUUCGUA